CGAACGCACAGGGACAAGCCCCUUACCCUGCAGUAAGAUAAAGCAAAUUUUGGAACACGCCAAUAUUUCAAGCACCGACCGCCAGGAUUACCACAUCCAGCAACUGACAUGCCGGCUUUUGUGACGUCAUUUAUUGCCAUUCCGAGGGAAGUGUCCAAGUUCCAAACACCGUAGUCCCAGCUCUUCCAACUAGAUGGCGAUGCUUAUCCGCAUAACGCGCGAAUUGUUUUCCGUGGUGGUUUGCGGUGUGGCUGUGCGUCCGUGCUGUUCAGCGUGCCUCUGUGCUUCCAAGCUGUGAUCCGUGGAUCCGUGUCCGUGCUUCCGAAGGGAGCUUGGUUGGCUCGAUCGCGUGCGGAUACAACGCCGUGCGAUCGGUGGUACGAGGCGUAGUCUCCGGUCGUCCAUUGUCAAGGGGACGGGGCCGUCGGUCUUCAGCGGCACUCCCGGUAGACUACCCUGGAGAGGGGAGUCGGCGCUGUGUGCGAUCGAUGCAGUGCGGGGACCGAACAAGGCCUCCCGUCUCCUUCGGGGCGGCCCCAGCAGCGGCGCAGGGGCUCGGCAUGCAGCCCUGAAGCGAAGGGCCCCGAAUCGACGGGCCCCGACCGCACGGACGGCGUCAUGGAGUGCCGUCGUGAACGGUGUGUCCGCUGUGCGUCCACCGAUCCGACGACGCGAAGGAGGCCGACGCUGCCGACGCUGCUCAGCUGCUGCAUCGCUCUGACGCUCGUCAUCCGCGGCUGCGGCGGGGAGUGCGAGUUUCCGGCCGAGUGGCGCGGCGACUGGUUCCAGAAGGGCGAGCCGGAGCCGAUCCGGAUCGGCCGCACCAACAUCUCCACCAAGGGCAUCUGCAAGGAGGCCCACGACAAGAAGUUCCUCGUCGAAGUCCCGAGCACCAACUGCCUGAAGUGCAUCGGGAUAGGUGCCAAACACGACAACGUGCUGCAGUACAAAGAGACGCCCUUCUGCUCGGCGCACCGCACCCACGAGGCGGUGUGCCGGGAGUUCACGGGGGACGCCCUACUCUACUCUUUGUUCCGGCUGGGGGGCUCUCCCGUGCCCUGCCCCUUCAGGGGGCCCCUCUCCUUCGAGUACAGCCAGGGCCACGGUCAGUGCAGCCAGCCGGCCUCCAGCGUGGAGGCCUGCACAGACCCCGCUAGACUGCUGCUCCGCUUCCAGGCUUGCGCCGACGUCCAGGGCUCCGAGAGCAGGGAAGAGCAGCUGACCUGCCUGGGUUCCUGGAAGGAGGGCUCCCUGCGCUACCUGGUGGGCAAGCUCGACCACAAGGCUGCCAAGACGGACGAGGACAAGUUCCGCUGCUUUGUGUACGAGAAGACGGACUCCCCCCGGGAGACCCCUGUGGCCCAGUCUGGGGACGCCACCUGCGACGGCCUCACCAGUCCCUGGGAGGGCUCGCGGACCAUGCUGCUGCGCCCGGGCUGGGCGUCCCGGCAGGAGCCCUGCGCGUGGCCCGAGUGGCUGUCCCAGGGCAGGCGCUGGAGGACGCUGGGAGGGGACACCCUGUACGAGCUGGGCAACCUGACCCUGGAUGUGCGUGGGCCCCGGGGCGACCUGGACCUGACGAUGCGCUGCCAUGCCUUGGGACCCAGCCAGGAGGGCAGGGCGCAGCUGCUGGUGCACGCCACUCGGGGCUGUGACAGCAGCUACCGGUGCAUGAGGCUGUACCGGAGAGCUUCGCACAUUGUGGAGAUGCAGCUGGGCCGUUCGAGCAGCGACCAGAGCGAGGCUUGCAGCAGCAGCCAUUUUGACUCCAGCAGGGCAGAGCUGGUCACCCUGCUCAGGGAGCAGCCCGGGGCGGAGCCGGAGCGUUCCCUGUGCCCGCUGGCGGGCACCUUUCUGCUGGAGGGUCCCCAGCUGCCCCGGCUGGCCUGGGACGCUCCCUCGGGGCCCGACCAGGACUGUCCCCAGCGGUCCCAGCUCAGCUCGGGCUGCGCGGGGGCAGACCGGCUCGAGCUGCUCUUCGACUGCAGCCCCCACAAGAGGCUCAGGAGCUUCCAGUGCCACGGGAGCUGGGAGGAGAACGGCACCCACUUCGUCAUUGCCAGCGCCAUGCACAACCAGAGGCGCUACUGCAUCGCCUUCUCGGAGAAUGGACGACUGGUGCACUUUGCGGAGAGCCCCCAGGCGUGCGUGCACGGCGGGCCCUGGCCGCUCAAGGAGCCCGCCUUUGCCUUCAACCUCACCAGCACGGGGGAGUGCCAGGAGGGAAACGGUGCUAAGGUUCACAGCCCCCUCUUCCUGCGGACUGCCCUGGUGGUCGUGAGCGGCCUCUGGUGGCACCUCCGGUGCCGCCAAUGUCUCUAGCCGCACAUGCGGCGUCCUCAGCCUCCUAGGCACAGACUCGGCGGCAAGACUCGGCCACCUUCCGGUGCAACGUGCCUCCGUCGGUGCUCCGUGCGGACUCCGAGUGACUCCGGAGCAGUGGUGCAUAAGACUGCGGUGUACCGCGUAGCGUAGUGCGUGCCGUGCGUGAUGCACGCGGGUACUCUACAAGAAGAUCGGCGAGGGCGACGCCAUUUUGACAGAUGUGGGAGCGGUUGUCUCUGCGGCCGACUUCGGAGGGAGUUUGCGAGGAAGUGUGCUUGUUCCCUUUUUUCUCUUUUGGUUGCGAGGACCAUUGCGUUGCGUGGCAGCCUCCGUCGCUUCUCUGGAAGGGGUGGUGAACACUCGGGGCGGAAGGACACCUCCUGCUUGGCAAGACGGUUUUGGUUGGAAUUAAGGUCUGUUCACACAUACACCUUGGCACUUAUUAGUCUGGGGUGGAAAUAGUGCUGGCCUUCCAGACGCAAUGCUGUAUAAAUGCAAUAUUGGAGAUACAGUGCCGAUAGAGCGCUUCAUCGCUGCCAAGUUGCAUUUGAGUCGGCUAAUAUAGCACAAUGGGUCAUGCGUGCGGUGCGUUUUACAGCAUGCAAACUAACGCUUUUAAAGUACUGUAGAUGGCCCGCCAAAACUUAUUUUUCAAUGUAUCGUGCUGCGAUUUACUACAGAGGUGCAAGCAGGUGGCGAAAGUUUAGUGAAAAAAAAUAAAAAAAUAUCAGGAAAUAAACUUGCCUCGUUCAAAUAAAAAUAAUUUAAAAAAAAACCUGUUCUGGACAUUUUACACUGCCACUUUGCAGACAAUGCACGCAUAGCAAGAAGUGCUGCCGACAGAUGGCGUACGACGCUUCAAGGGAGCACAGGCCUAUUCGGGCUCUUUUGCAGGUUUGUAUGCUAUCACAACCCGAAUUGGCCGGCACUCCCUCCCACUACGUACGCCAUCUGUCGGCAGCACUUCUCGCUAUGCGUGCAUCGUCUGCAAAGUGGCGCCGUAAAUUGCCCAAAACAGGUUUUUUCUUUUUUUUUUUGAACGAAAUAAAUUCAUUUCUUGAUUUUUUCACCGUAAACUUACACCACCUGUUUGCACCUCUGUAGUAAAUUUCUGCACAAUACGUUGAGAAAUGGAUUUUUGCAGGCAGUCUACAGUACCUCAAAAGCAUUCGUUUACACACUGUACAGGUGCCCUAAUUAACACGCGUGACGGAAUCAAGCAGGACCGAGACAUUGGCGCCUGCUGCAAUUGGACACCUCUGCACCACUGACCAAUCGCAGCGGGCAGCGAUGUCCCUCUUGGUUCCCGCGUGUAAAAGAAUUUUCGGGAAGCCAAAUGCCCGGGCUCCACCACUCCUUCCGGAAAAGCCAUGUUUCCUAGGUUGUGUUGCUUGAGGGACAACGGUCGUCUUCCACGUAGAGACCACUGGAAGACAAUGCAGUAUUACCUUUCGGUUGAGUUUCUUUUAGUCAUGCGAGCUUUAAGUUGGGUCUGCCACCGUGUUCAGCGGUUUUUCCGUUUACGCCGAUUCUUUGUAGGGGGCGUGCAAAUUGUCACUACAGAUAUCAAUAUCGAAUGGCGAUAAACGAGUUGCGACGUCGGUCAGGUGCAGUGUGAUGUGGACAGAACAGCUAGUACCGAAUGCGAUGGGCGGGAAACAAAACAGCCCUGUCGAGUGCAAAGCGCUUUACAGUAUUGCAAAUGCAAAAUCAAGUGUUCUCCACACGGCUCGUGCACGACGUCACGGUGGCGGUCGUCCCUACUCAUUUUUGCCGAGAGAGACAAAUUUGAUGGCGCGGAAUAUAUGCUCCUGAAGGUAUGCACUCAGCGGCAAGGCCACCGCUAUGGCUGCCGAUGUCACAUCAGCGUAAACCAUGCAUGGAUCGUAUAUUGCGAAGUCCUAAAUUGAAAGGUUUAGAUAGAACUAAAGUCUCACAUUUCAGACUCUCAAAUGCCCAUCAAAUAUAAAAAAAAACAAAAAAACAGAGCACAUUGUGCAAGUGUUGGACAAGAUGUUUGGAACAAAACACUCCAAUCAGAAACCUAGGGUGAAAUGGAAACCAAAGUCGGUGAGCUUUUUGCAUGCUCCACACAGUUUCAUAACGAGGCAGCUUCUUAACGUUGUAUUAGGAGGCAGCUUUUUCUUUUCUUUUCCUGCAGCAUGUCUCGCUGGCAGGCUUUGUGAAUGAAGGCAGCUCGAAGAGCAGUGCUACAGCGUAUAGCCAAAGGGGAGGGUCGUCGGCGGGCAGUGCUCAAAAGGGGGCGUGGCACCCGGGAGUCGGCGCAGAGGCCAAAGGUCCCAGCGCCAAACGUUUGCGGCGAGCGAAACUCUCGGAGGCGGCAGAGCUGCUCCUCGGUUUCUAUGCACACUGGCACAAUCAGUUGCUUCGUUCUACGCACGUUUCUUGUCACUCGCGGGGAGAGCCCGUCAACAGGAUGCGCGCUACGACAUUCCGAACAAAAACUUGCAUCAGUCGUGCGUGGGUGUACAAUUUUUUUUUUUUUUUUUCACUGCUUUGCCAAAAAAGUUUUGGUUAAGCUCUUCUUUGGGGUUUUAUUCGAAAGUUUAAAGCUGCGGUCCCACUGCUGGCAUACAUCCAAUAAAAGACAGUCGUACAAAUAUAAAAGACGUCUGCAGACAAGUUUGGCGUAUGUAUAAAGCAAACAUCCUUCGUCAUGCGUCUGCAGCAAACACCAUGUCUCUCGUUUGAUGUAUGAGCAGUGGGAUGGUCGCGAGAGCGGGCUUGUCUUUUGGUAGUUUCCUUGUAACCAGACAUUAGACUGGGGAUUACCGGAAAGAGAGUUUGGUGGCGAUGGCGUAGAAGCAGGCACGAUCGGAACACAGAAAAUGGAAAACAAAUUUUCGCUUUACCGAAACUUCCAGUGUCGGGGCACAAGGUCGCUUGCCCAGGACGCUGCCGCGAAUCGGGGCAGGCACGCCGGGGCAACCCUCUAGGCGGUCCCCCGACCGCGGGAGUUUCGGAGCAACCUUUGCGGAGAGUGCUCAAGCCUAAAGACUGUUUUGUAAAUUAUUUUGCACCGUUUCCACUUUUGAAAAUCCUUUUAGCCAACAAUUUGGUUGGAGUCGUUAAAAAAAGCUACGCUUCGACACUCCAUUUCUCAAUUCCCUCGCAGGAGCCGCCUUCUUGGUGCCUAGUCCGGGGCAGGCACAAUAGACCCUUUUCGAAAUGAUGCAUAGGUUAUGUGCAGCCGCCAUUAGUUGGUCAUGCGCUCUGAGCACACGUUCGUCACAAGCCACUUCGUCAGCAUGCAUUCGACACGAGUGCUGUGUCAGUGCUCGGCGCGAACUCUGAACCAAUCAUGGGCUGAAGCGAUGAAACCAACUAAUGGCAGCUGCACAUAAUCUAUACAUAAUUUCACAAUUUCGGGAAGGGCCUAGUGGCGUUCGUUAGGAUUCGUAAAUGCGACUUCCCGAGCUUUACAUAUGAUGUCGGACAAAGAAUGUGACUAAUCUAAAGCACUAAUUGGAAUCUAUGUUAGGCGAAGCUCUCCCUUUCUAACUCAGGUUACGUUUAGGUUUCAUCUGCGUUAGGCAUGCAAUGCACCGACUUAUGCACUAUAGUGCGCAAGUGGGUACAUUAAUAUAAUGUAUUCAGCGCAUUAGCAUAAUCUAUUUUGAGCAUUAACAUGAUCUAUUUGAAGCAUUAACAUAAUCUAUUCGGGUGACAGCCACAGUCAGCGAGGUCCAGGGGGAGGGGUUCACAAAGAAAGCUUCCCUUUAAAAGGCGUUUUUUGCGAUUUUGGACAAGGCUUCCAAUAAUUGGCAACCACGAUUUUAAGCGCCAAGAUAGCUGAAGUGUAGUUACUCAGAAGCACAGCUUAAUUAGUGGAUCUGGGUUUUGUCUCGCACAUUCGUGAACCGACGUCUGCGUUCUACGCCCACGCUACAAGAUCGGAAGCCAGAACAUUCACUAUAAUCUCGUCUUAUUCCGGGUGCAAGAGCGGUUCGCUUCCUCUCACGAUUGGGACACGGGCCGAUCGGGCCCCCGACGACGCAGCUUGAGCAAGCGGAGCGGCUCCGGCAGCCCCCCGGCCGCGAGCGCAGGCCCGCAAUAAGUGCCGCUCUCCGCCGUCCGGGAGGGUUGCCACGCAUGGCGGCUGGAAGCGUUUCCGACGGGGAGGGAUAGGCUGACUGUCUUCGUCUUUCCCUCGGUGUUUUGUACUUCUCAGGUGCCUUGGACGUGUGACCUAGACACGCCUUUCUCCGUAGGCUGUGCAAGUCGGACAGGACGGUUGUUUUCAAUAAAGGUCGAUGGACUGGA